UGGCCUGCUGCUGCUCCUCCUGGCGUCCGCUGCGGCCGCGAUGGAAGAGACUUUGAUGGACACCAGGACUGCAACGGCAGAGCUGGGCUGGACGGCCAAUCCUGCCUCAGGGUGGGAAGAAGUCAGUGGCUACGAUGAAAACCUGAACACCAUUCGUACCUACCAGGUGUGCAAUGUCUUCGAGCCCAAUCAGAACAACUGGCUGCUCACCACCUUCAUCAACAGACGAGGGGCCCACCGCAUCUACACAGAGAUGCGCUUCACUGUGAGAGACUGCAGCAGCCUCCCUAAUGUCCCAGGAUCCUGCAAAGAGACCUUCAACUUGUACUACUAUGAGACAGACUCAGUCAUUGCAACCAAGAAGUCAGCUUUCUGGUCUGAGGCUCCCUACCUCAAAGUCGAUACCAUUGCUGCAGAUGAGAGUUUCUCCCAGGUGGACUUUGGGGGAAGGUUGAUGAAGGUAAACACAGAAGUCAGGAGCUUUGGGCCACUUACUCGGAAUGGUUUUUAUCUCGCUUUUCAGGAUUAUGGAGCCUGUAUGUCUCUCCUCUCUGUCCGUGUCUUCUUCAAAAAAUGUCCCAGCAUUGUUCAAAAUUUUGCCGUGUUUCCAGAGACCAUGACAGGGUCAGAGAGCACAUCUCUAGUCAUUGCUGGGGGUACGUGCAUCCCCAACGCAGAAGAAGUGGAUGUGCCCAUCAAACUAUACUGCAAUGGAGAUGGGGAGUGGAUGGUUCCUAUUGGGCGUUGUACCUGCAAGCCUGGCUAUGAACCUGAGAACAGCGUGGCCUGCAAGGCUUGCCCUGCAGGGAUGUUCAAGGCCAACCAGGAAGCUGAAGGCUGUUCUCACUGCCCCUCCAACAGCAGAUCCCCUUCUGAGGCUUCCCCCAUCUGCACCUGCAGGACUGGCUAUUAUCGAGCAGAGUUUGACCCACCGGAAGUAGCCUGCACUAGUGUGCCAUCAGGUCCUCGCAAUGUCAUCUCCAUCGUCAAUGAAACCUCCAUCAUUCUCGAGUGGCAUCCUCCGCGGGAGACAGGUGGGCGGGAUGAUGUGACCUACAACAUCAUCUGUAAAAAGUGCCGGGCAGACCGCAGGAGCUGCUCCCGCUGUGAUGACAAUGUGGAGUUUGUGCCCAGGCAGCUGGGCCUGACGGAAAACCGUGUCUCCAUCAGCAGUCUGUGGGCCCACACCCCCUACACCUUCGACAUCCAGGCUGUCAAUGGGGUCUCAAGCAAGAGUCCGUUUCCCCCACAACAUGUCUCUGUGAACAUCACCACAAACCAAGCUGCUCCUUCCAUGGUACCUAUCAUGCAUCAGGUCAGUGCCACCAUGAGGAGUAUCACACUGUCAUGGCCACAGCCAGAGCAGCCCAACGGCAUCAUCCUGGACUAUGAAAUCCGGUACUAUGAAAAGGAACAUAAUGAGUUCAACUCUUCCAUGGCCAGAAGCCAGACAAACACGGCCCGGAUUGAUGGCCUGCGACCAGGUAUGGUGUACGUGGUACAGGUGCGCGCCCGCACUGUGGCUGGCUAUGGCAAGUUCAGCGGCAAGAUGUGCUUCCAGACCCUGACAGAUGAUGAUUACAAGUCUGAGCUGAGGGAGCAGUUGCCCUUGAUUGCGGGCUCAGCCGCUGCUGGGGUUGUGUUCGUGGUGUCCUUGGUGGCCAUCUCCAUCGUCUGCAGCAGGAAACGGGCCUACAGUAAGGAGGCUGUGUACAGCGAUAAGCUCCAACACUACAGCACCGGCAGAGGCUCCCCGGGGAUGAAGAUCUACAUUGACCCCUUCACUUAUGAAGACCCCAAUGAAGCUGUCCGGGAAUUUGCCAAGGAAAUUGAUGUAUCUUUUGUGAAAAUUGAAGAGGUCAUCGGAGCAGGAGAGUUUGGCGAGGUGUACAAAGGACGUCUGAAACUUCCAGGCAAAAGAGAAAUCUACGUGGCUAUCAAGACUUUGAAAGCUGGCUAUUCAGAAAAGCAGCGUCGGGACUUUCUGAGUGAGGCGAGCAUCAUGGGCCAGUUUGACCACCCUAACAUCAUUCGCCUCGAGGGUGUGGUCACCAAGAGCCGGCCUGUCAUGAUCAUCACAGAGUUUAUGGAGAAUGGUGCUUUGGAUUCUUUCCUCAGGCAAAAUGAUGGACAGUUCACAGUGAUUCAGCUGGUGGGGAUGCUCAGGGGAAUCGCAGCAGGCAUGAAGUACCUGUCAGAGAUGAACUAUGUGCACCGGGACCUGGCUGCCAGGAACAUUCUGGUCAACAGCAACCUUGUGUGCAAGGUGUCUGACUUUGGCCUUUCCCGCUACCUCCAGGAUGACACCUCAGACCCCACCUACACCAGCUCUUUGGGAGGAAAGAUCCCCGUGAGAUGGACGGCACCAGAGGCCAUCGCCUACCGCAAGUUCACUUCUGCCAGUGAUGUCUGGAGCUACGGGAUUGUCAUGUGGGAAGUGAUGUCGUUUGGAGAGAGGCCCUACUGGGACAUGUCCAAUCAAGAUGUCAUUAAUGCCAUUGAGCAGGACUACCGGCUGCCCCCACCUAUGGACUGCCCAGCUGCUCUCCACCAGCUCAUGCUGGACUGUUGGCAAAAGGACCGUAACAGCCGACCUCGCUUUGCAGAAAUUGUCAACACCCUGGACAAGAUGAUCCGUAAUCCGGCAAGUCUUAAGACUGUGGCAACCAUCACCGCCGUGCCUUCCCAACCCCUGCUAGACCGCUCCAUCCCAGACUUCACGGCUUUUACCACCGUGGAUGAAUGGCUCAGUGCCAUCAAAAUGGUCCAGUACAGGGACAGCUUCCUCACUGCCGGCUUCACCUCCCUCCAGCUGGUGGCUCAGAUGACAUCCGAAGAUCUCCUGAGAAUAGGGGUCACCUUGGCAGGACAUCAGAAGAAGAUACUGAACAGCGUUCAUUCUAUGAGGGUCCAAAUGAGUCAGUCACCAACAGCAAUGGCAUGAGAACUCUCAUCUCUGGGGAGAGGAGAAGAAGGAAAAUGACCUGGCUUGAGAGGGAAUCAGAGGUUGACCACUGCAGAAAGUUCUGAAGGGACUAGCUUCUCACUAAAAAAUUGGCUAUCAUCAAUGAAGAACAAAAUGGACCUGUUUUAGUAGGCAUCUGUCAUUUCUCAGUGAAAGAAAUAUAUGGAGAAUGCCAUGGGAAACCAAAUAUAAAAUAAUAAAGAAAUGGAAGGUGAUGUUCAACAGAAACGAAGAGAAAACAGUAUGCAUUGGGGGGAUGGAGAGCAGGCCGCUUACACCCAGGAGCCAGGUGGGUGAGGCCGUCUGCCCACAAAAAGAAAGGGAAGGAGGUUGAGGAAAGAAACAGAAGCACUUUCCAUUUCUUCCUCACCAAUGACAUUCUUUUCUUUUCUCCUUUCGUACUCCCCCCAAGAAUUCUCUCCCUACUCCCACAUCCAUGUCCCUUUGCUCAUGACUCAUGAAGGGAAGUUUCUUCAAACAAACCCAGCUCCUGAGUCUCCAGAUGUUGUUCUGUCAGUUGCCAAAGGACUUUGCUGACCACUGCAUGGGGGAUCCAACCAAUUCAAUUAAUGUCUUCAUAUUGAAGAAGAGAUGUACCUUCAAUUGAAAAUCUUGUUUUUCUUUUGUUUGCAUUUUUUGCAAAAAGGAAAAAGACACCACAAAUUAGACAAAACAAAAAUGAAAGAGAAAAACCUGUUUCCAUGUGCAAAAGCACACUAUGUAUGUCUGUGUUCUAAAAUGAUUGUGCUUGUUCGUAACAGAUACAGACAAGAAUCAGGAAGUCUUUGCCCCUGGGAAACAAGAACCUGGGGUGGGUUUGGCUUUCUGGGUGACCCACUGGCCUAUUGGCCUCAUGAGGAAAGAGGGUAGGAAGGAAAUUAAAAUGACAGGGGCAACAACUCUCAAGAGCUUGCAAAUUUAAACAGGAAACAGGUGAGUGGUUUGAAUUGGAUGCAGUGUGGGACACUCUAGAAUGAUACCGACGGGUGAAUUAUUGUUAUUAACGUCUGAAGAGAAGGAGAAGGAAAGUGUUUCUGGAGAAUGUUCUCCAUAUCCCUGGAAUCUGCGAUUCAAGAGGUGGCAACGGAGAGUCCUCUGAUCCUAUCUGUGGACUGGCUGUGGCUGUGUGGCAUUAAGGAAUGCUUCAGAUGUGUCUGUGUUUCUCUUUAUGUUCCUUCGUGUACCUCAUUGUUCAGUUCACUUUUGUAAAUCCCACUUAACAUGGAAAUAUUUUUAAUUUUUCCUUUUACCUUAAUCUCCUUGCUAAUUUUAUCUGUCUAAUUAAAAUGAGCAGAAGCAUGUCUGGGUUUACAUAGAA